CGCACCUUUUUCUCCUUCUCUCCACAGGAAAGCGAGGAUGGCAUUGAAGGAGAUGCUGUACUCUCAGAUUACGAAAGCGCAGAAGACUCGGAGGCAGAGGAAGAGGAUUACAGCGAGGAAGAAAGUGCCAAGGUGGAACUGAAGCAGGAUAGUAAUGAUUCCUGUGAGUCAGCGGCAAAAGCAGAGAAAGGGGAUGAGAAACCUGACUCCAAAGGUGCUGUAACCGGUGAGAGGCAAAGUGGGGACGGGCAGGAGAGCACUGAACCUGUUGAGAAUAAAGUUGGGAAAAAAGUUCCCAAGCACCUGGACGAUGAUGAGGAGCGGAAGAACCCGGCUUACAUCCCGUGCAAAGGGCUCUUCUUUGAGCACGACCUCCGAGGGCAGACACAGGAGGAGGAGGUCAGGCCGAAGGGUCGUCAGCGGAAGCUGUGGAAGGAUGAGGGCCGCUGGGAGCACGACAAAUUCCGGGAGGACGAGCAGGCCCCCAAGACCAGGCAGGAGCUGAUUGCGCUUUAUGGCUAUGACAUCAGGUCAGCUCACAACCCCGAUGACAUCAAGCCAAGGAGGAUGCGCAAACCAAGAUUUGGGAGUCCUCCUCAGCGAGACCCAAACUGGUCCAAUGAGAGGCCAAAUAAGCCCCCAAGGCACCAAGGCGCAGACGGCACUUCAGCUCCCCCGCGAACCUUCACCAACAGGAGCUCCGCAGGUACAGGGAGGAUGCCCCCACCUAGGAACUACCCGAGGAUGGGGGGCUACAAAGAGACCCGUCCAAGCUACCGAGCUUCGGAAGCAAGUGUCCAGCAUCCGUCUCGUAACGGUGAGCAAGCGAAACAGGAGAGCAACUAUCGAGCAAAGCGUGCAGAGCAAACCCCACCGAGAGACAAAUCACCCGAGAUGGAAGCGGCACAUGUCCACAGCAGCCCUGUGAAGGAGGAGGCUGCUUUGGAAAACCAAGCCACAGCUGCUGAUGCUGCACAGCCACCGCCAGACAGACCAAUUGAAAAGAAGUCUUAUUCCCGGGCAAGAAGGACCAGAAUCAAAGCUGGGGAUGCAGGGAAGCUGGCAGAUGAAGUGCCCGCUUCGGAAGGGCUGACUCCUGUGCCUCCAAAACCUGUGCAAGCUGAGACGUCCCCCCCACCAGCCAAGAGCAGUAACUGGGAGUCGCCAGUAGAAUCCAGCUUGGAUGGACUUGAGCAAGAGAUGACCCAAAUGAAUCUCAGUGAGCAGAACUGGACUCCGGGGCAGUCUCAGUUCAUACAGCCCCGGGAGCUGAGGGGUAUUCCUAACCAUAUGCACGUGGGAACUGGGCCACCACCUCAGUUUAACAGGAUGGAGGAAAUGGCGGUGCAGGGGGGCCGUGUGAAACGCUACUCGUCGCAGCGGCAGAGACCGCCGGUGCCGGAGCCUGCCCCCCCCAUGCACAUCAGCAUCAUGGAAGGGCACUACUACGACCCACUACAAUUCCAGGGACCAAUCUACACCCACAGUGAGAACCCGGCCCCGCUGCCGCCCCAAGGGAUGAUCGUACAGCCAGAAAUGCACCUCCCUCAUCCAGGUGAGGAACCAGCUCCCCAGCAGGGCACGGGGCAGCUGGUAUUGACGUUGUGGUUGUGCCCUAGGGGGCUCAGCCUGUGCUGGGGACCGGAUAACUCUGGUUUUGCACAGCCUCUGUUGCUGGGGGAAUCCGUUUUUGCUAUUUCUACAACAUGGAAGAGACCUGCUUCCCUCAUGCACUUAAAUCCUGGCUACCCCUACCCCCCAGGAGCACUGUCCCCUCCGCCCCCUCCUCAUCUCUAUUCCAACACGCAGGCCCAGUCCCAGGUGUACGGCGGGGUGACGUACUACAACACUGUCCAGCAGCAAGUCCAGCCCAAGCCUUCUCCACCUCGAAGGACGUCCCAGCCUGUGACUAUCAAGCCACCCCCUCCUGAGGACAGCAAAGGUGAAAAGUCAAAGGAGAGGAGCAACACGUAGGGAUGCGGCUGUGGGAAUCCCAACGCCGGACUCGGCACCUUGGCAAAGAGGAAGCUCCUUCUCGGGAAAGGCUCCUUCCCUGUGCGUAGGUGAGGCAGCGGGAUGAAAUAAGCUGCACUGUCUUGUGCUCAGGGCCAGGCACCUUCCCUCUCUGGUUUUACCGGUGCCCUCCCGAAAACCAUCUCGCCGCUGCUGAUCUGCCCUCCUUCCCCCUCCCUCACUGGGGCACAGAGGUCACCGAAGAAUCAACCCCUGGAGUCGGUCCUUGGCCACAAGUUCUUGCAACUUCUCUCUUUUACUAAACGUCUGCCCUUUUCCCUCUCUAGGAUGUUAAACUCGACUGGCUUGAUUGUGGUCUCUGUUUUUAUUUAAGAAAUGAACCAGCCUCUUCAGUAAAGCUGAUUUGUUUCUUUUGGGUA